AACUUUACGUUCUCCAGCGUCGUAUACCGUUAGUUACCUCUGUCAUUCACGACGAAAAGAUCGUCCCCGCAUGUAAAUACAUAACAUUACCCCAUUUUCACCUUUGCUCUCUGCCUUGAACUACAUCAUCAGUGCGACUUCAGGACAGGCUUCUUCGAGACGGCUUCGCAGAACCACUUGUCCCAGGUACUGGCCCAGCGAUGGCCACGCUCGAACUGCGCAAUUUGUACGAAAAGUACGUCAAAUGGGUGUCCGGCAAUCCGUCCGCCCUGGGCGACGUGGAGAUGACUGUGAAGUGGCUGUCCUACUUUAUCGCCGGUAAAAUCAACAAAUCUUCCGCCGUGUCGGAGCUGGUGUAUUCGCUGUCCAAUCUGUUGGUGUUCUUUAACGAUCGGAUCAUCGAACGGGCCAAUCUGGGGGCCGUGGCGGCGGUUGCCGGGACCGAUUCCUCUCAGCUGGCCAAAUACAUCAAGACGGCUCUGACGACGCUCGAGUACUGCGAGGUGUUUAUCGAGCUUUCGGCCAAGAAGGUGUGGGGAGCUCGGGGAAGGUGGUUCUUCAUCGUAGUGGUGCAGACGAUCAAAUGCAUCGGCCGCCUCAUCCUAACGCUCUGCUGUCGGGGCAACAAAAUCGUCAAGAACCCUCCCAUUCCGGCGCUGGACCGCCGCAACCUGGCCGAGUCCUUGCCAGAGGCAAACGGCGCUGAGACGGCUGCCGCCGCUGCCGGUACAUUCCAUGACCACAACCAGACCGUUCUGCUGAAGCGCUCCGGACGGGUAAUGCGCAAGGUGGACGGAGCUCCUCCGGUCGUAGCCCGCUCGUGGAAACCACUGCGGCACGAAGUUACGGCGGUCUACCCGGCCCAGUACGAGGGUCGGUUCAUCCGAUCCGCCGAGUUGAUGUACAUCCUGAAGCCGAUAGUACACCUGGAGUGCGUCCGGCGGUACGGCAUGGACAGCUGGAAGUCGUACCUGGUGGCGUUGGCCAUCGACGUCGCCAGUUUGAGGUUGUACUACAAGAAGCGAGAAGAUUUGUCCCGUGACCAGAAGCAGGAACUGUCCCGGCGGUGCGUAUCGAUGCUGCUGUACCUGAUGCGGUCGCCGUUCUACGAUCGGUACAGCAAGCAGAAGAUCGCCGGGCUGCUGACGGCGAUCGGGAACAAUGUGCCACUGGUGGGAACCGUUAGUAAUUUGAUUUUGUCGUACAUUCCGCACUGGCAGGAGACGUACUUUUACAUGUGGUCGUCCUAGAGAGGGGAGGACACGUGCACUAAUUGUAAAUGUAUUAUUUUAGCUAUGAUUUUGAGGGAUGAAUUCGGGCUGUGGAGUUUGUUAUCAUGCAUGGAAAGUUUUUUUUUUAUCGAAAAAUCGAUGCUGGUUCGAUAAAUUAUUAUUUAG